AUGUUUCCAUUCCUUUACAAGUCAUUUUCUUCUGGAUUGAGAAACAGAAUAAACCUAAGAGCCAUGUGUAAUACCGUAACCAAGAGAGGUUUCCCUGAUACUUCAUUGCAUGAGCAACUUCCUAGGAAUGUCUUGCCUACAAAUUACGAUGUGAAGUGCUAUAACAUUGACCAAGUAAAAAACGUCUUCAAGGGCAGAGCAAUCAUUGAUUUGGAUGUCUUGGAGAAAACAAAAUCAAUUACCUUAAACCAAAAGUUUCUAAACUUUGACAAAGUUGUGGUUAAAGGCAGAGAUGCAUCACAAGAAGUCUCUGAAAUCACCAAGAAUGAUGAAAAGGAAACAGUUGAGUUUAAACUCAAGAAUGAAAUUGAGCCCUCUGAAAAGUGUAUCCAAUUAGUCAUUGACUUCAAUGGUUUGAUUCGUACUGAUAUGGCGGGAUUUUACACUUCCAACUACAAGAAUGACAAGGGUGAAACCAAAUAUAUUUUAACCACUCAGUUUGAAUCUACCGAUGCACGAUCAGCUUUCCCUUGUUAUGACGAACCUAAUUGUAAGGCGACAUUUAGAAUUUCAAUUGAAGUUUCUAAAGAACUGACUGUUCUAUCAAAUAUGCCACUUGAAAAGGAAACCGAAACCGAUUCCGAGAAAAAAUUGUGUAUUUUUGCAAAAACGCCAAAGAUGUCAACAUAUUUAGUUGCUUGGGCAAUAGGGCAAUUCGAGUAUGUUGAAAGCUCAACGGCUCGUGAGUACAACGGCGCAAGAUUACCUAUUAGAGUUUACACAAUUCCUGGACAAUCUGAAAACGGCAGGUAUGCUUUGGAAACGGCACAAAACGCAGUUGAUUAUCUCUCGACCGUCUUUGACAUUGAUUAUCCGUUGCCAAAGCUAGAUCUACUUGCAGUUCCACAAUUUGGUGCCAAUGCCAUGGAAAACUGGGGGUUGGUCACAUUCCGUGCUACUGCCUUAUUGUUCGAUCCAGUUAAAUCAAGUAUUGAGUAUAAGGUCAAGGUUUCUUAUGUUGUUUCACAUGAGGUUGCACAUUCCUGGUUCGGUAACUACUGUACCAUGAACUGGUGGUCUGACUUAUGGUUAAACGAGUCGUUUGCAACUUAUAUAGCUUGGUUAUGUGUCGACCAUAAACAUCCUGAGUGGGAAGUUUUCAAUUCUUUUGUUUCUUCAUCCAUGCAAUCUGCUUUAGAUUUGGAUUCUUUGAAGAAUUCACAUCCAGUUGAAGUCCAAGUCUAUCAUGCAAACGAAAUUGAUGAGAUUUUUGAUGCUAUCUCUUAUUUGAAAGGUGGAUCAGUCAUUAGAAUGGUUGCCGAAUCUAUUGGUAUUGAAUUGUUUUUAAAGGGUGUGUCCAAUUAUUUGAAGAAAUAUCCCUUUGGUAAUGCAAAAUCAGACGAUUUAUGGGAUGCCAUUAGUGAAGUCUCCAAUCAGAAUAUUACUGAGCUAGUUGAACCAUGGAUUAGAGCAAUUGGGUUCCCAUCAUUGCAUGUUUCUAAGGAGGGAGACAAGAUUAAGAUUGAGCAAAAGAGAUUCUUAACUGAAGGUAUAACAGAGGAAGAUGAUCAAAUUACAUGGUGGAUCCCUAAUGUCGAAGGCAUGAAUACCAAAGAGGUCAAAAUUGAUGAUGAUGAUUUCUUAAAACUAAACAAGAACACAACCGGGUUUUAUAGGGUCUUUUACAGUGAAGAACUAUUUGAUAACAUUGUGAAGAACUUGGAUAAACUUACAGCGAAGGAUAAAAUUGGUUUGGUUGCAGACACUGGUGCUGGUGCCAGAGCAGGACUGGUUGCAACAUCUCAGUUUUUGGAACUGAUUAGUCAAUUAAAGAAUGAAAAUGACGUUGCAGUUUGGUCUCAAAUCAUCGAUAGAUUGGGUGCACUAAGGAACUCCUUCUUCUCUGAUGAAGAGAUUUCUUCCAAGCUAUUGAACUUUUCAAAAGAUUUAUACAAGUCGAAGUUUGAAGAGCUAAUAAAUACCAAAAAUCUUGACUUCAACCAGCAAAGAUUAGCAUCUUUAAUCUUUGAACAAGCGGGUAUUUGUGGUCUUGAUUCGGCCGUCCAGAAGGCGUCACAAUUAUUCAAGGCCAACGAUAUCAAGCCGCAUUUCAAGCAGGCCAUUUACAGAACACUAUUAGCAAACGAGUCUACAGCCACUGAGGAGGUGUUCAAUACAAUCAUAAAGGAUGUUAAGGAACCAAACACCAUUGAUUCACGUGAGGUCGCAUUGAGGGCUUUAGGUUCGAUCAAGAAUUCAAAAUCAUUCCUAUCUAACAUUUUGGAGCUGUUCUUCGAUGGAACCGUUCCUGAAAUGGAUUAUCAGUUUUUAGCCACCCCAUUAGCAGCGAAUUUCUCAACAAAGGUUGAGUUUUGGAGCUAUUUCAAAAUGAACUACCCAAAGUUCAGAGGAGAUGUCUCCAUGUGGACGUUGGACCGUGUUAUUAAGAACUUUCUACCAAAGCUUGUAUCUGAUGAGCUUGCUACUGAUAUUGAAAAGUUUUUCUCUGAUAAAGAUAACGCUGGUUACGAGAAGGGUCUAAAGCAAAGUCUCGAUUCCAUCCAUAAUGACUGUGCCUGGAGUAGAAGAGCAACGGAAGAUGUUUCUCGGUGGUUUAUCAAGCACGGCUACUGA